AUGAUUGAGAAACAUAUCAUCCAACUCAACGUGGCAGGCUGCAAUCCGCGCAUGCACGCCCUGCUAAACGAACCAUUAUACGCGCACUUUGAUAUCUUUAUUUUCCAGGACAUUUGGUGGGGCCGCAUUGGCUCCCAGAAAAACAUCAAUCCGAACCUCCACAAUAUUUAUGGCACCGUGAACUCCCCGAAUUAUUUAUGCGUUAUCCCACCAGGGUUCGAGGACGAAAAAGGCCCCAGCGUCUGCAUCUAUAUCCGUAAAGACCGCCAACUACAUGCACAAUUUUCGGACUGCGUCCCUACUCAUCGUGACAUUCUGGCCCUCGACAUAUUUAUCAACAAGUCAAAAUUCUCGAUUAUCAACGUCUACGCACACGGAAAAGAAGCUAACAAAACUAUACAACAUAUUACCGAACAAAUCAUACCAGCAGACCGACCCAUAAUCAUCACGGGAGACUUCAAUCUACAUCACCCCGACUGGGCCCUCGACAACUCCAAGUGGAAAAACAGACACCCCAAUCAAGUAGAGAGAGAAUUCAGGGACUUCGCUGAGUACAACAACUUGACUCUCCUGAACACCACAUCCUCCCCCACCCGCAUCGCCCCCAACCCCGACUCCAACUCCAUUAUAGAUCUUACGUUUAUUAAUCCCAGGGCCGUCGAGGUGUGGCCCAACAUCAACUGGGAAGUCGACACACCCUUGACCGGCAGAUCGUGCGGGUCGGACCACAUGGCAAUCACAUGGUCCAUCACGCCGUUCGAUCAAGACAAGCCUGUUGAAGACACCACCUCACCCAAUCACAGGCACAUCGACCCCAAGCGGGAGGACAAAUGGGUCGAAGCAUUCAGCAACGCCAUCAAGAAGUUUGACCUCCCCAAAGACCCAACAACGGCCGAAGAUGCUGACUUGAUCACGGGGGCGAUCUUGGAAGCCAUGUCAACCGCCACGAUUAAAACGAUGCCAGACGGCAAGAAAAAGAGUAGCGGACCAGUCCGAUCCCCAUGGUGGAAUGCCGAAUGCUCAGGCGCGCUCAACGACCUCAAACACAACCCCGAAGGACGCAGUCGCGACCAACUCCGCGCAACUCUACGCGGCGCCAUCAGACGAGCUCGCCGGAGCAACGGAGACCGCAUAUUAUCCGAAAUCCGCACAUCCAAGGUCUUUGAGUCGUUAAAGUGGUUCCAAGGAAAGCGAUGGUCCCUACUGCCCCCGAUCAAAAAUCCAAAUGGCGGUCUCACAGCCACGCACCCGCACCACAAAGCCGAAAAUCUAGCUAAGCAGUUCUUCCCUCCUGUUGCCAACCCCAACGUCACCCUACAACCCCUUGGCAUCAAACGGAUGCCCAAGCGGGCCUUCCAGGAGAUCACAGUUGACGAAAUUGCUAAUGCCAUCAAGAGCACAUCCAACAAGUCAUCUCCUGGAGCUUUUGGUUCAAACUACAGGGUACUUAAGUGGGCUUUCUGGUGCAACACAACCCUCUUUGCUAAACUGUUUAAUCUAUGCUUGAAUAUUGGCUAUCACCCCACCUCUCUGCGAAACUGUGUCAUUGCCCCAAUUCCUAAACCCCGUCGACAAGACAUGUCUCUACCCAAGAACUACCGGCCCAUUGCUUUACUUGAGACUCUAUCCAAACUACUGGAGAAGGUCAUCACAACACGACUUACCUUCGAAGCCGGUAAAUUUGCUCUCAUUCCCCAGAGCCAAUUUGGGGGAAGGGACAUCACAUCUUGUACUGAUGCGGGUAUCUGCAUGGUCCACAAUAUCAAGUCACACUGGAAGUCCAACCAUAGAGUCUCACUUAUCACUCUUGACGUAUCUGGAUAUUUCAACAAUGUGGACCACAACAGACUCAUAUACACCCUAGACCGCAUGGGAUACUCCAAUCAAAUCUGUAACUGGAUGAAAUCAUACCUCAGUCAUAGAACCGCCCAGUUCAGAAUUGAUGGACAUCUCUGCCCAUCCAUUGCCCUCCCCGCAGUGGGAAUUCCCCAGGGCUCUCCCCUAUCCCCCAUUUUGUCCUCCUUAUACUCAACUCCCCUACUCAUUGCCGCUCAAGACAAUCAUGCACAGUCAUUUGCAUACAUUGACGACUUCACCAUACUAGCUUGGGGGAAGUCACAUGAGUAUAAUGUUGCCACAAUGGGGCGGAUAGCCACUCGAGUCUCUAACACUGCCACAAAACUUGGUCUUGAAUUUGAAAUUGAUAAGUCUGACCUUAUUCAUUUUUAUUGCCACCCUAACCACUCUGCCAACCCCAGUCUUCACCUUACCCUGAAUGGCAAGAACUACACCAUACUGCCCCAAGGAUGUAUUCGUUGGCUAGGAUUCUACCUAGAUAGAAAGCUCACGUUCAAAGAGCAUAUCUCCAACUCCGCCAACAAAGCUAAAGCCAUCAUAGCCGGAUUAGGAAUGCUAGCCAACACACAGCGUGGACUCACCAUCAAACACGCGCGCAUCCUUUACCUCACCUGCGUCAUCCCAAUCCUUACAUAUGGAUCCCCUCUGUGGUUUCUGGGGCGCAGACAGAAGUCGUUGCUCGAACCGCUUAGGAAGGUCCAGAACCAAGGAUUGAGAUGGCUUCUUGGAGCCUUCAAAACCACUCCCAUCCCCUGUCUUGAACACCUAGCAUCUAUCCCACCCCUGCACAUCACGUGCCACAAGCUCAUCAUGAACUACUCAGCAAAGCUCAGAACCAUCCCCAAGUCAUCCGAAGUUGCUAAACGUCUCCCUGCAUCAUGGGACACGCAUAUACCCACCCUUAACAGCAACAGAAAGAACACAACUGAGAGCUUACAAUCCCCCAUCCACUUCAUUGCAUCACACAGUCACCCACACAUCGAAUUUGUCUCGCCUCACAUUAACCACCCAUCCAACCCAACAAUUCCAUUCCCUGAUCAAAUCAAAAUCAAGGACUCCACUGACGGACUUAAGCGCGACAAAUACCGCGACAAAAUCCUAUCCGAAAUUAGCGUACUUGAAGAAUGUCAUGCCAGCGUUCUUGGCUACUCAGAUGGGCACGCGGCGGUGUCCAAUGGCAUUUGGAAAGUCGGCGUCGGCUACGUUAUACGUGCCGGAAAAAGGACCUUGUCAUCGUUGUCAGUUGGAAUUGGACCGCGAGCCAACAUCUAUGAUGCAGAAAUGCUGGGAAUAUUAUUAGCAUUCAUGAAAGCUAAACAAAUAGCCGAAAACCAAGGUUAUCGCAAAAUACGCAUAUAUUGCGACAACCAGUCCGCCGUUAAAUCUAUUGCUGACCUAUCACGACAUCCGUGCCAAUACACAUCCAGAGCAUUCGUCACCGCCGCCAAGGCAUUCGUGACGGGACACCCAGAACGAUCCAUCCACAUCACCUGGACACCUGGGCAUAACGGAGUCGAAGGCAACGAAACAGCGGACCGCUUGGCUAACGAGGGAGCUAGAGUGGCCCCAAACCCCAUAUUCAAUCGCACCAUUACAUGGGCAAAAGAACAGGCAACUCGCAAAACCAUACGUUCAUGGAAGAAAGCAUGGUACGAACACUUGGAAUCACGUAUCAACUCGAAAUAUUACAUACCCCACCCACCCGCACUCAAACUACAUCCCAUAUUCAACUCAAGCAAGCUGGGCAGGGACAUCGAGUGCCGCCUUGUACAAUACCUCACCGGACACGGGCAUUACGGCAAGUACCAUGCACAAUUCCACCACGACGUAGAUCCCAGAUGCGCCUGCGGGGAGUCGGAGGAGACAAUCUUUCAUUUAACCACCUCCUGUCCCGCUACGGCGGGACACAGGGGGAUACUCAGUGAGUUUUCCACCAACAUUAAUGACCCCACACUGUUUGGCUCCCUGGCAGGUCUCGAAGCAGUCGCAAAGUUCAUAGCCAAGACGGGCAUAGGCCGAAGACGAGGAGGCCCGCAGGCAGCCGCUCAAGCCAUGUAG